AAAUUAUUACAAACUCAUCUCCUGUCUUUUGUCUUUCACAGAAUUUGGUUUGAUACUUUGAAUUUUGUUAAUUUGUGUUUGGCCCAUUUUCUGUUAGUGGCAGUGUCACCGCCUCACUUUUUCAUGUCUCGCACUUUACACUACUGUUUUAGCUAAAAACUUGCAAUAACAUCCUGCCAAAUUUCUUUCCUUUGACAUCUUUCCGUGUAGAUACCUUCUUUGUUCCUCUUUGUAAUUUCGUUCUGAAUCGGGUUAUACUGGUAAUAUUACUACCACUGGUGGUUUCAAAGGAGUGCUCAAAUUUUCAUUUCUGGGUAUUUUUGAAGACUGGCACCUAUGGCUUCUUGUUCUGUUCUGUUUGGGUGCACUGGGCUUGGUUCAGUGGGUAAGCUUAGGUCUCAGAGGCUAUGUGUGCGGUCUGCUCUGGAUACUAACGUGUCUGAUAUGAGCGUUAAUGCUCCAAAGGGUUUGUUUCCACCAGAACCUGAACAUUACAGGGGACCAAAGCUGAAAGUAGCUAUCAUUGGAGCUGGACUUGCAGGCAUGUCAACUGCAGUGGAGCUAUUGGAUCAGGGCCAUGAGGUGGAUAUAUAUGAGUCAAGGUCUUUCAUUGGUGGCAAAGUAGGCUCUUUUGUUGAUAAACGUGGCAAUCACAUAGAGAUGGGACUGCAUGUGUUCUUUGGUUGCUACAAUAAUCUCUUCCGCUUGAUGAAAAAGGUUGGUGCAGAUAAAAAUCUCCUUGUGAAGGAUCAUACUCACACUUUUGUUAACAAGGGGGGUGAAAUUGGUGAACUUGAUUUCCGAUUUCCAGUCGGUGCUCCCAUACACGGGAUCCGUGCAUUUUUGUCUACAAAUCAGCUCGAGACUUAUGAUAAAGCAAGAAAUGCUCUGGCUCUUGCCUUAAGUCCUGUCGUGAGAGCUCUUGUUGAUCCAGAUGGAGCAAUGAGGGUCAUAAGAAAUUUGGAUACUAUAAGCUUCUCUGAUUGGUUUUUGUCUAAAGGUGGGACACGUGCAAGCAUCCAGAGAAUGUGGGAUCCUGUUGCUUAUGCCCUCGGGUUUAUUGACUGUGAUAACAUCAGUGCUCGCUGUAUGCUGACUAUAUUCUCAUUAUUUGCUACCAAGACAGAGGCUUCCCUUCUGCGAAUGCUCAAGGGUUCCCCAGAUGUUUACUUGAGUGGUCCCAUCAGGAACUAUAUCACAGAAAGAGGAGGCAGAUUCCACUUGAGAUGGGGAUGCAGAGAGAUACUUUAUGAUAAAUCUGCUGAUGGAGAGACAUAUAUCACAGGAAUUGCCACGUCAAAAGCAACUAAUAAAAAAAUCGUCAAAGCUGAUGCAUAUGUUGCAGCUUGUGAUGUCCCUGGAAUUAAACGGUUGCUUCCGCCACAGUGGAGGGAGUGGGAAUUUUUUAACAAUAUUUAUGAGCUAGUUGGAGUGCCUGUUGUAACUGUGCAACUUAGAUACAACGGCUGGGUCACAGAGUUACAGGAUCUCGAACGAUCACGGCAAGUGAGGCAAGCUGUGGGCAUGGAUAACCUUCUGUAUACUCCGGAUGCAGAUUUCUCAUGCUUUGCAGACCUAGCUCUCACUUCUCCUGAGGAUUACUACAUUGAGGGACAUGGUUCAUUGCUCCAAUGUGUUUUGACCCCGGGUGAUCCUUACAUGCCGUUGCCGAAUGAUGAAAUCAUAAAUAGAGUAGCAAAGCAGGUUUUGGCUUUAUUUCCAUCAUCCCAAGGUUUGGAAGUUAUUUGGUCAUCUGUUGUCAAGAUUGGGCAGUCUCUAUACCGCGAGGGACCUGGUAAAGAUCCAUUUAGGCCUGAUCAGAAGACACCCAUUAAGAACUUCUUCCUGGCUGGAUCGUAUACAAAGCAGGAUUAUAUAGAUAGUAUGGAAGGAGCAACAUUAUCCGGCAGACAAGCGUCGGCCUAUAUAUGUAAUGCGGGGGAAGAAUUGGUGGCAUUAAGGAAGAAACUCGCUGCCAUUGGAUUGAACCAAGAAACAGAAGUUUCAAGCGUCCCUGACGAGCUAAGUCUUGUGUAAUAACAUUUUAACGCAUUUGAAAAGCACUGUUAAACUUCCUGUCUUGUGAUUGUUGCAGGUAUUUGAAAUAUUUAU